AGGUUUCUUUAGUUCUGCACUGGUGAACUGUUAAGUUUACAGGCGUUGAAGGCAGCUCACUAUACGCAGCGAAAAUGCCGGUAAUUAAUGUGGAUGAUUUGACAGACAAAGAUAAACUAAAAAUGGAAGUAGAUCAACUUAAGAUUGAAGUGAAACUGGAGAGAGCACUGGUAUCUAAAUGCUGUGAAGAAGUGAGAGACUACAUCGAGGCUGGUUCAGCAGAAGACCCUCUCGUGAAAGGAAUCCCAGAGGAGAAGAACCCUUUCAAGGAAAAGGGGGGGUGUGUCAUUGCCUGAGGUGGACAACCAAAAAUUCCUCCUUCCCCAGUCCUAGCCUGCUUUAGAACAAUUGGACAUUGAAUUAAAAAUAAAUCAUGCCACUCACAGCUGGGAUACACCAGAACUGGGCAAAACAAACACAACAAAAUGAAAAGUUACAUCGGUUUUCAAGUUAUACAGAAGACAGGGGACCCCAAACUCAGUCUGCGUUUCAACGUUUUAAGUCUUCUGUGAAGUGAUAAAUUCUGUUAAACUACAUAUUUAAUCUGAAGAAUUAUGGAACAGUUGUCAAAGCUUUGCUAGAUGGAAUAAUUGUAACUCUGUCCCAUGGCCACCUGUUGUCUAGGCAGCAUCUGUUUCGUACCUGAACAAAACAAUUUGAUUAAACAAGCUUGUUUACAACAGAA